CGCGUCCGUCCGUCCGUCCGUGCCUUCUUCCAUCCUCCCACCCCUCCGUCCGUCCGUCCGUCCGUCCUUCCGAGCCAUGAGGAGGCUCGUCCUCCUGCUGUGCACCGGCGUGACCUGUUGCAUCGCGGCGCGGGGCGCGGAGGCGGGAGAUGGCAGCGCGGAGAGUGUGCCGGCGCCGAAGCCGCGGGUGAGGUUCGGGGUGCGCUCGUCGCCGGGCGCCGAUGAGGAUGGGUGCGCGAUCGCCGUCGGCCAGCACCAGUGGCUGGAGGACUGCAAGUUCAACGUGACAGCCAAAACCUUCUUCAUCAUUCACGGCUGGACAAUGAGUGGCAUGUUCGAAACCUGGCUGGACAGCUUGGUGUCUGCUCUUCAGGAGAGGGAGAAGGAUGCCAACGUGGUGGUGGUGGAUUGGCUUUCUCUUGCCCACCAGCUCUACACCGAUGCCGUGAACAACACGCGGGUUGUUGGAAAAACCAUAGCAAGGCUGCUUGACUGGUUACAGGAAGACCCGCUCUUCCAGCUUGAGAAUGUGCACCUGAUUGGGUACAGCCUGGGUGCCCACGUGGCUGGCUUUGCUGGAAACCACGUCCAUGGGACUAUAGGCAGAAUUACAGGCUUGGAUCCAGCUGGCCCCAUGUUUGAAGGAGUGGAUCCCAGCAGGCGCCUCUCCCCCGAUGAUGCCAACUUUGUGGAUGUCCUUCACACCUACACGAGGGAAACACUAGGUGUUAGCAUUGGGAUCCAGAUGCCUGUAGGCCACGUUGACAUCUACCCCAAUGGGGGAGACUUCCAGCCCGGCUGUGGUCUGAGUGAUGUCUUGGGAGCCAUUGCUUAUGGAACAAUCGGUGAGGUGGUCAAGUGCGAGCACGAGCGGUCUGUGCACCUCUUCGUGGACUCCCUGGUGAACCAGGACAAGCAGAGCUUCGCCUUCCAGUGCACCGACUCCAGCCGCUUCAAGAAGGGCAUCUGCCUGAGCUGCCGCAAGAACCGCUGCAACGGCAUCGGCUACAACGCCCGGAGGUUACGGCACAAGAGGAACAGCAAGAUGUACCUGAAAACAAGGGCUGACAUGCCCUUCAAAGUCUACCACUAUCAGAUGAAAAUGCACGUCUUCAGCUACAAGAGCUUGGGAGAGGUUGAUCCCACUUUCUUCGUCACCCUCCAUGGCACCAAUGGAGAAUCUGAACCCCUGUCUUUAGAAGUGCUUGAUGAAAUCGGCCUGAACGCCACGAACACCUUCCUGGUCUACACCGAGGAGGACAUGGGUGAGCUUUUGAAAAUAAAGCUCACCUGGGAGGGGACAUCUCAGUCAUGGUAUGAUCUAUGGAAAGAGCUGAGGAGCUACUGGUAUCGGCCUGUGAAUUCUACCCAGGAGCUGCAUAUCAGACGAAUACGUGUGAAAUCUGGGGAGACACAACAGAGGUUUGCUUUCUGCGUGGAGGAUUCCCAGCUAACCAGUAUAACUCCUGGCAAAGAGCUCUGGUUUGUGAAAUGCACAGAGGAGUGGCGAAAAAGAUCUGUCUCAAAUCUGCUCUGAAGACUUCCCUAAAGACUCACAGCCAAGCAACCUGGAUGCAUGAAGACCACGCAGGUGGCAAGAUGCUCUGGGAAAAAAAAUCCGGCUUAGUAGCACUUAAAACAACUAGCUCUUCUGGAAAAAACAGCUUGGAUCGGAUGCAAGAAACUGAGGAGCAAUUGAUGGACCUUGGUCCUAGACCUAGAAUAACUAAAACUCCAUCCUCCCUUUCCCAAGGAGCCUGGUUUGUGUAUUUAACCUUACCUUGACCUGUUGCACGCUGCAUUUUUCCUGCCCUGCUCCUAUUAACCGGGACUAUGCAUGAGAUCUUCACACACUCAGACCUCAGCAAUGAUCUUCUGGUCUGCCUGCCAGCGGAGUUGAGAGGAUAAAUAACCACGCUAACUGCCCACCGGGCUGUGGGUGACAGAGCUGCUGAGAACAAAUGAGCACCUGGUGCAGGAGUUACCGUGGGUCCAACAGCACUGUGGGCUGUGGGAAGGUGUGACCAGCACAGGUCGAGCGCGUGGGGUUGUUCAGGGAAGGGGUGGGAGUAAGCACAAUGCCACUUAACUUCAAGUUGUCUUUUGCUUGCCUUAAAAAUAGUCUGUUCUGUGUCUGGCCGAUACCGAAAUCUCUAUAUAUUGCCUGAUGGGAAGGUAGUGCUCUGUCCUCCCUGUGCCUGGGGCACAGCACGGUGCACGUGUGGUGGUGGUGUUGGUGGUGGCAGCUGCUCCCUGGUCAGUGUCUGCAGUGAGGCUGCCCAGUCACACAUGGGGAUCCCUUUCUAAGAGGCAAAGAGCAGCUGCCCUCCUGCUGACCGUAGGGGAUGGAGGAACGAGAUGCACCGUGCUGCUCCAGGAGAGCUUUGCACCAGUCCUUUUAGCUGCUGAGGACAACGUUUCCCCUCUGCUCAGAUGCUGUUGUAGUACCAAUGCAUAAUUAAGAUCUUACUUUUUAGUAAAAUAUUUAAACGAGCCAAACAGCCAACCUCCUACCCUGAUUGCUACGACAUCCCAGUUGGAGUCCCUGGUCCCAGGUGAUCUUGGCUUUGCUUUGAGUUUGGCAGACUCUACAGCUGUCACGUUUGCUACAGCAGAGUGGACCUUGUCAGAGGUGAACUAGGUUUUGUUUUGCUUGGUUGGGUUUUUUUAGUAGUGGGGUUUUUUUGUUUGUUUGGUUUGGUUUGGUGGUUUUUGUUUUUUUUUUAACCUUUUUUCCUUCCUAAGGAGAAUGGUGUGACAACCGUUGAGCUUUUGGCAUGCAGAAAGCCAGUCUCAAAAAUGGUGUUGCCAGGUGGUGCACUGAGUUCUGAAGACUUAGCAAGUCCUUCUGAGGCCUGCAGAUCUCUUGAGUUUUUGUAGAGCUUCAACCCAACCAAAGCAAGCACAUUUGGGGAUAUUUUUUUCCAUGGUUUUAUGCAAAGGCUUCAAUAACUGAAGCCUUUGGUAAGUGUCUGUGACUUGUCACCGUGCCAUACUUAGAGCAGUUUCAAAGCCCUAUUUGUAUAUUGUGGUUUUUGUAUGACUUAAAACAUAAUUUAUUUCUCAUAUUGUACAUAUGUAAACAUUUUUAAACAUUUUGGUUUUAAGUAACAAUUUUUAUAAGCCUUAAGACAAAAAAAUAAAGGGCUCUGUAAAAAUAAA